UACCGGAAGUUCCACGGGGACCGUUUCGGACACGGACCGUGGGACUGCAGUCCCGGUCCGCAAGGUGAUCUCCGCCUUACCUCAGAAUCCGGACACCCCGGACCUAACGUAGCAGCAAAAUAAGUUCCAAGGCUGACAGGUCUUACAUUCAGACGUUUCCACCAACGCACCAACAUCUUUUUUCAGAUUCCAUGACGAGAUCCUAGCUGCGAAAGAACACCGAAUUGAGAGUCAGACAGCCUGGGUUCUAGGCCUGACUGUCAUUAAUUGGUGGUAUGACAUUGGAGAAAUCUUUCUGACCUCUCUGGACUCCCCGUUUUCCUUUUCUAUAAAAUGAGGAGCGUGGAAUAAGUAGUAAGUGAGGUAACUUCCAGUUUCCACGCCUGGAUUAUUGCCACCAGUGUGUUUUCUAAUUCCUGCCUCAGUUAGCUUUCUGUACUUUGGUUAAUCUCCAUGUAGGGCCUUUCUUCCCAUUCCAUCAAUCCAUGCCCUUGUCAGGUCUGGGUUUAGACUCAUUUUAAAAAUGUUUCCUAAAGGAAUCCCUUUACUUCUUAGUCCACGGACUCGUACCUAAAUAAAAAUUUUUAAAUGUGCUAUUUUUGAGGUGUUUAAUGUGCCUGAGAAUCAUUAUAUUGGAACAGUAAACUCUGAACGACAGGACUCUGGCUCAUUAAACUUCGAAUCAACAUCCUCAUACACAAUGUCUGAAAGAUGGUACUCAGGAAAUGUUUGCUGAGGAGAAUAUGUACACCUCACAUUAUUUUAGUUGCUCCUUUCCUCAAAAACUGUAAAGCAAAGCUGUAGAAAUGCAGUCCUGAGAGCAGAAGGAAUAGAAAAUUCGAGGAGAAAAGUAAUUAUACUUUUGUUAGUUCUGAACUACACUGAGUUCUGUUGCAGUUUUCUCUCAAGUAAGUCUUCUGUCAUUCCAAGAAUGAUAUUCAAAAGGCAUUAUUCAAUAGAUAUGUAUGAAGUGUUCUCUUCCCACUCUAAAGCAUCUUCUUUUUGGGAGGGGGUGGUAGGAAGAGGGGAAAAUGGUGAGGGUUGAAAGAAGACAAUUUCAAGUAGAGCAUAUGCAAAGGUUCAAAAAUGAGAUGGCAAGCCAUUGAAGAUUACGGGGGGAGGGCGUCAAAAUAACGAAAGCUUGGAGAUAGGAGUGAGGUGCUAUAAGGGUGUAAGCGAUGAAAUGAGAGGUUAGCAGAGGGCAGAUAAAUAAUCCUUAAUAACACGUGUUGAAGUGGCACGUGAAAUGGGAUAAUGGCCUGCCACUGGAGGACGUUCAGCAAAAAGAGCUGAUGAGUUCAAAUUUGCAUUUUAGAAAAAUCACUCUCGUGAUUUUGUUAGUUGAUGUUUCAAGAAUGAAAAAAUCCCUUUGUAAGUUUUAUUUCAGUUCUAUCAUAGUAGAGACGUUAACAAUAAUGAUGGUUAACAUCUAAAGAGUAGUUAUUGUACCUGAUUAGAAUUCCAUCUGAUUAGACUGUGAAUGCUUUCAGGGCAGAAACCCAGCUUUACUCAUGUAACUCUAGCACAAUGCUUUUCAUGUAGUAGAUAUCUAAUUAAUACUUGCUAACUUGAUUUUAAUAUUAACCCAAUAUUAUUUUAAAACUUUUUCCAGGGGAAACAUGAACCAGAAGAUACUGAAAUUGGAGAACUUGAUACGAUUUCACACUGUCUUUAGGCAGCUGCACGGCCUGUGUCAAAGAAGAAUGUUAGCACAGUGGAGUCCUGUGUUUUCAUCUGCUUACCCAAUGGGGACAGCUCAGCUCUGCAUCCGACCCUGGCAAAUAGACCCAUUCGUUGGCGCGGCUCUAUCUCAAUAUAGGCUUUUAGUAACAAAGAAGGAAGAAAGAGCACAGAAAUCUCCAUUGUCCUCACCAAAAUUCAAAAAGGAAGUGGAGGUAUGGAUUGGAAUGACUGUUGAGGAACUGGCCAGAGCAAUGGAAAAAGACAUAGAUUGUGUGUAUGAAGCUUUAAUGAACACUGCUAUUGACAUAGAUUCACUAGAAGCACACUCACAUUUAGAUGAAGUCUGGAUCAAAGAAGUGGUAAAGAAGGCGGGGAUGAAGUUAAAAUGGAGCAAAUUAAAACAGGACAAAGUCAGAGAAAAUAAAGAUGCUGUAAGAAGGCCUCAGGCAGAUCCAGCUUUAUUAACCCCAAGGUCCCCAGUUGUUACUGUAAUGGGCCAUGUUGAUCAUGGGAAAACGACGUUACUCGACAAACUGCGAAAAACUCAAGUGGCAGCAAUGGAAGCUGGAGGCAUCACUCAGCACAUUGGUGCCUUUCUUGUGUCUCUGCCUUCUGGGGAAAAGAUCACCUUUCUUGAUACUCCAGGACAUGCUGCUUUCUCAGCAAUGAGGGCCAGAGGUGCUCAGGUCACUGACAUUGUCAUAUUGGUCGUAGCUGCAGAUGAUGGAGUGAUGAAACAAACUGUAGAAUCUAUUAAGCAUGCCAAAGAUGCUCAAGUUCCUAUCGUCCUUGCUAUAAACAAAUGUGACAAAACUGAGGCUGAUCCUGAAAAAGUGAAAAAAGAACUUCUAGCUCAUGAUGUAGUGUGUGAGGAUUAUGGAGGUGACGUUCAAGCAGUGCACAUCUCUGCACUCACGGGCGAUAAUCUGAUGGCUUUGGCAGAGGCAACAAUUGCUCUGGCAGAAAUGUUAGAACUGAAAGCAGACCUCAAUGGUCCAGUAGAAGGAACAGUAAUAGAAUCUUUCACGGACAAAGGAAGAGGGCCUGUUACUACAGCUAUAAUUCAAAGAGGAACUUUGAGGAGAGGCUCCAUUCUGGUUGCUGGAAAGAGUUGGGCAAAAGUACGCUUAAUGUUUGAUGAGAAUGGAAAAACAAUCCAUGAGGCCUGUCCCAGCAUGCCAGUGGGAAUUGUAGGCUGGAGAGACCUCCCUUCUGCAGGAGAUGAAAUUCUUGAAGUAGAAUCUGAGCCUAGGGCACGUGAAGUUGUUGACUGGCGGAAGUAUGAGCAAGAACAGGAGAAAAACAAAGAGAAUCUGAAAAUAAUAGAAGAAAAGCGAAAGGAACACCAAGAAGCACAUCGGAAAGCCCGUGAGAAAUAUGGCACUUUGCAUUGGAAGGAGAGAUCAUUUCUAAAGUACCAAGAAAAAAAAGAACAAAAACCCUUAAAGACAAAAGAGAAAGAAGAAAAGGAUUCAAAUGUACUUCCUAUAAUUAUUAAAGGUGAUGUUGAUGGUUCUGUUGAGGCCAUUGUGAACAUUAUGGAUACCUAUGAUGCUUCACAUGAGUGUGAACUUGAAUUAGUACAUUUUGGUGUGGGUGAUGUCAGUGAAAAUGAUGUUAACCUUGCUGAAACAUUUCAUGGUGUUAUAUAUGGCUUCAAUGUGAAUGCAGGCAAUGUUAUCCAGAAGUCUGCUACAAAAAAAGGAGUAAAAAUUAAACUUCACAAAAUCAUUUACCGCCUAAUUGAAGAUUUGCAGGAAGAACUGAGCAGCAGAUUGCCUUGCAUUGUGGAAGAGCAUCCAAUUGGUGAGGCUUGUAUACUAGCUACCUUCUCUGUAACAGAAGGGAAGAAAAAAGUUCCUGUGGCUGGCUGCAGAGUCCAAAAGGGUCAGUUAGAAAAACAGAAAAAAUUUAAAUUAAUCCGUAAUGGACAUGUUAUUUGGAAGGGCUCAUUAACCUCAUUGAAACACCAUAAAGAUGACAUUUCAGUCAUCAAAACUGGAAUGGACUGUGGUCUCAGUUUGGAUGAAGAAAAGGUAGAAUUUAAAGUGGGAGAUGAAAUUGUUUGUUAUGAAGAAAAAGAAGUUCCAGCUAAGACUUCUUGGAAUCCAGGAUUUUAAAAUUACAUUAAAAAUGUAAACAAUUAAUGGGGUGCCUGGCUGGCUCAGUGGGUAGUUUGUGACUCUUGAUCUCAGGGUCUGAAAUUUGAACCCUAUGUUGGGUGCAGAGAUUAUUUUAAAAAAUAAAUUUAAAAACAAGUAUCUUGCUUUAUUUAUUAUAGAACUAGUUAUGCUUUAGUGAAGGGAAGAAUUCACUUCUGGCCAAAAAAUACCCAAGUAGCUCUACCAGGUGUUAACAUGGAUAACUUGUCAAAAUGCUACAGAGAUAGGAAACGUUAUUUAAGGAUGCCUCCAAGUAGAAAUCCUGUUAAGAAUGGUAUGACAUGGUAAAAGGGAAUUGUUCAUUAUCAGUGCCAUUGAAUGUAGUAAGUCCGUUGCAUGUUUUCGUUGAGAGGUAUCAAAACAAGCAAAACUCCCUCAAUUUAGCUCAUGGGCAAAAUAUAGUGCCAAAUAUUGCUUAAAACUUUCUCAACAUUAACAGUACUAGUGAACAAAUAGUUUAAAGUUCUAAGAUUUCACACUCAACAUUCAAUAAGAAUGUUCCCAUGUACUGUACACUGCAAAUAUACCAGCCAAACCACCCAGGGACUCAGGAUAACUUAGCCUUUAUAUUUCUUAUACAUGAAACAAAUAUGUUGUAGUCUCUUUUUAAGGCAAGGUGUAACACCCAUCCAUACCAGUGUUUCUCAAGUCGGCGGGGGUGGGGGGAAUGGAGAGCCUCCACCCUACCAUCCCAGGAUCAUUUGGCAGUGUUUGGAUACACUUGGUGGAAACGAUGUGCUACCGGCAUCAGGUGGGUAGAGAGAGGCCUAUGAUGCACAACCCCCACAACAAAAAUUUAUCUGGUCCAAAUGUUAACAGUGCUGAUGUUAAAAACUAACAAAUACAAAUUGGCUUGUGUCUAGACAGUUGAUAUUAAAUACAACCUAAUUCUGCCAAAGUAUAUGUAGUUUAUCAAAGAAAAUGGUGUGAUCUUCAAUUUGAUACUUAAAAACCACUCUUUAAGUGACUAAAAAAUUUCAACAAUUGAAUGUUAGUUCAUGUCUUUUAUUAACCCAUAUACAGUUACUUGUCUUCGGGUUUGUUGAAGCAGUAGGUCAGACAACAUUUGCCACAAUAAUGUCUGUCAAAGUGGCUAGCCA